GAAAUCCGGCAGGAUGCACGCGAUUGGGAGAACGACGUCGCCAAGCUCUAUCCAGUUUUGGUUCUUCUCCCGGUGGACUUUUUGCCUGGGAACGAUGGCACGUUUGGCAACUGCAGCGGCCUCACUGACGACACCGAGGAGCCCGAUGGUGUUCCCAUGGACGAGCUGUGUGCGGAGCUGAUUGAUCCAACUAAACUACCGAUCUUCACUGUCACUUGGGACGUGAGCUCGCGCAGUGACAAGGAGAAGUUUAUGAGGCUGUCCGAGUAUGAGAAGAGAGGCCAUCUUGUGCUCACCGUGAGACCUCCAAGCUUCCAUCUUCCAACCGCUUGUCCGAGGAGCCUUUCCACGUACCUCUACCUGUGCCUGGCAAAGAAGCCAUUCCUUGUCGAGCACUCCAAUGCCGACCUCAACUUACCUUUGGUGGACUGGAACCUCCACACUGUGUUUGGCAGCGGCGUGGACGACUUUUUGCGAUCUACGGUGAUGUGCGACUUGGAUGUUGGGCUCAAUGAGGGUGAAGCUGCGAAGGUUGAGUCCUUGAGGCCGCUGUUUAUGGAUCUGGACGAUGCUCUCGACUUGGAGUUGUGGACGAAACGUCAGUGCAGGAAGAAAAGUGGCUGGUUUUCUCUCGAUGCAGCUGGAGGGGACAUCGAGACUUCACACUUGCCGUGGCCGAUCAACAAGCUGGUGGCAUGGACAAGGAGAGCCAGAGCAAUGACCAGGCUUGGCAUCAACUGGAAGAACUCAGAAGCCAGACAAAAAGAGAUCUAUGGUCGAGCGUUGCGCGCUUACAAGGAUCUCUCCUCUGUAAAGCAACUGAACAAAGAUUCAAAGUACUUGUGUGGCAUGCGGCCCACGAGCCUCGAUGCAAUGCUCCUCGCUCACAUUCUAUUUGUGAAGCGCAUCUCUCUUGAGAACUCCAUUCUUCGAGCUGCGCUUGAGUUGGAGCAUCCGGAGCUCAUCGAGUACUCAGACCUUGGAAUUCUUCUUAUCGCCUGGCAGUGUGUCUGUGGAUUGGGGACGGGAUCCGCCGAGGUGCAAGGCAAGCAGACCAUGGAUGACGGGAAGCAGCUCAAGAAGCAAAAGGCUGGCGGUGGUGGCGACGCCAAGAGCCGUGAGCAGGACGGUAAGAACUUCCACGAGUUUGUGGACAAGCUCAAGAGCAAUGUGUCGGACGAGGAGGUGAGGCCGAUUCUUUUCGAGAACGCUCAGGAGAUGGAUGCUUCCAGUUCCGUUCAUCAGCAUUGAUGGCGAAUGGUUUUCCUUCUUUCGGUUGGUCUUUUCUAGCUUUUCUCUUGUCGCUUGCAUUUUUAGUGCUCAUCAAAUUAUGUACGGUCCGCUA